AGCUGCUCUCUCACCUGAUUUCGCAUUGGUUCGAAUCCCGGUGCCGUCUGUGCUGUCUGGGGUUUUUCCUGGGCUUUCCUCAGAUGCUUUCAGACAUAUGUGGGCACAGUUCCCUUAGAAGUCGGCCCAGGACGCACAUUCCCCCAGGGCGUCAGUCGUGACGUUGCCCACCUAUGUGAGGCCGACAACUGGGAGCCCUUCCACCACCACCACCACCACCUGAUAUGUAUACGUCUACUUCUCGGGAGCUUUCGGAACAGCACUGUCUUUCCCAAGAAAACGAGCUCUUGUUGACAGAACAUAACCAAAAGUCACGAGAUGACCAUCAUCAUCACGCAGCCGUUGACCGAAAAGAAGCUGGCAAAGUCCCCACAGGCCAAGACCUUGGUGCAGCAUGAAGCUGGGGCAGAGAGGGAUGUGGAAGGGAGUCCAGUGAUAGUGACCAUGCAUGCUCGACGUGUGAGCACCACGACUACCCUAUGUGUUUUCAUCACCGCCCUCCUGGUUCUGUCCACCGGCAUUGUUGGCGGCGUCAACCUGGAUCCCCAAUUUACUCAUUAUAAGCUGAGGCCCUUCAAGGGCUGGCCUAGUGUUCCAUAUGUAUCUGAUUAUGAACAUCCCAGUCGCACCCACACUCCAGACUUCCAGCGAUCUAACAGUGCUGGAAGCCGUCCUGAAAGCAGCAGCAUGAUGGACGACUCAGUUAGGGAUAGCUUCUUCAAGGAGCACUUUGACAUUGACCUUUGACCUUGUAAAUGGCAAAUAAACUUCAAGAAAAGGA